AUGGUGUUUAUUGAUCUGGAGAAAGCCUAUGACAAUGUUCAUGGAGAGGUUCUAUGGAGGUGCCUAGAGGCAAAAGGUGUGUCGGUUACUUACAUUAGGAUGAUUGAGGACAUGUAUGAUGGAGCUAAGACUCAGGUUAGGACAGUGGGAGGCGACUCGAAGCAUUUCCCGGUUGUUAUGGGAUUACACCAAGGGUCUGCACUCAGCCCAUUCCUUUUUGUCCUGGUAAUGGAUGCAUUGACACAUCAUAUUCAAGGAGAGGUGCCAUGGUGUAUGUUAUUUGCUGAUGACAUAGUGAUGAUUGAUGAGACUCGAGGCGGCUUCAAUGAGAGGCUGGAGGUUUGGAGAUAG